CAUACACCCUCUACUUUUACUUUCUUUUAUUUCAUUUCUAUUCAGGGACGCGAACGAAACCUUUUCCUCGAGUAUAAUAUAGAAGCUCUGUUUAUUCGAUCUCUCAUUCACUUUUUUUUUCUCUUCUUUGUUGAACACCAACAUGUCUACUGGCUUCGGAGCGGCCCCAAGGCCGAGUCGGUCGCAAUCCCUUAUCAGUCACACUCUGCCUCGGCAUGAGCUUGAAGAAAAAUCUUGGAUCCCGGAGACUUUUCGGAGAACCCGUUCAGAGACUGAAAAAGAGGUAGAAGGGGAAGGGGAAGAGACGGUCCCCGUCGAGAGCAGAGAAGCUCAUGUUUUGGGUCUGGCGCAAAGCCUGAGACGCAAUGAAACCAUAUUGCCUGGCGCCAUUGAAAACCCAUUUACUAUUCAGGAUGAAGAAUCACCAUUAAAUCCCAACGGCCAAAAUUUCAAAGCCAAAGACUGGAUCAAGAUGGUCGGAGCCGAAUCUUGCCCAUUUCAAUACCAUCUGAGAACAAACGUCUUGCAUUUCUGGUAUUUGUCAGUGGCUAUGGCAUCUAACUCGGGGCGAGCUGCGUAGUAUGUACCUGGAAACAUCGCUCGGAUGGAGAGAGGCCCAAACGCUGGCAUCAAAGCCCGGUGCGCAACGGCCCAAUUGUGCUCGUCCGGAUAGGCAGUGAAUAGGCCGUCCUUGACAGCAUUGCGAACUUCUUCCAACCCCCCAGUGACUGCUUUUUGGAAUUUGGUUUCAUCAUACAAGUCUUGGGACAGUGCGUAAUUCCCCACAAAAUUAUCAUCGUCCGGGAUAGAGAGCCUGAAGAUCGGUCCGUACACCUUGGCAAUACGGUCAAGGCUCUCCUGGGGGUUAUCAGGGUCAAUUUCGAACGCAUUUCCGAAUACGGGAAAGCCCUGUGGCCCCGGAAUUUCUUGUCAUUGCUGCAGCCUGUCG